AUUUCAAAUCGAAACCCUCUCAUUAUUUGUCUCUCCAUUCCCUCUCCCCCCCCCCCACCCCCCAAAAUCUCUCUCAAUUUCUGGAAGAAUAUAUAUAGAAGUAUAACAACAGGCAUGGCGGACGAGAAGGGAAGAGUAUCGUCAUCAUCAAUCAUGGAGGCGAAGCCGGUUCACCCGCUGCACCAGAUCUCCGAGUUCCCGACGCACAAGCUCCUCCUCAAGCAAUGGCUCAAGGAGGAAGACCUAAUCCUCAACCGGAUCGUCGCGAAAGAGGCUCAAAUCGACUCGGUCAGAAAGGAGAUCACUCAGAUCUACUGCCUCUUCUUCCUCUUCCACUCCCUCUCCCUCACCGUCCUCUUCGCCUCCGCCUCCCGAUCGCCGCCGCCGCCGCCGCACGGCUGCCGCAGAUCGUGGAUCCCGUCGCUCUGCUCCCUCCUCUGCUCCCUCGGACUGAUCUGGGCGGUCCGGUACAAGACCGACACGGAGCACCAUCUGGAGAAGCUUCUGGAGAGGGAGAAGGAGGACGGUAAGCUGCUGGGGAAAUGCGUGGAGGAGCUGAGGAAGAAGGGGGCCGAGUUCGAUCUGAUGAAGGAAGUCGACGCCCUGAGGAGGGCCAAGAGUAUGAGAAUGGAAGCCAAGGCGGCGGCGCUGCGGAAAUGGUCCGGUAGGGAUUUCUCCACUCUCUUCUUCUUCACACUUUCCUGUGUUGUUCUUGGCCUUACAAACCUCAUCCUGUGCGGCUAAAUCUUCUUCCCAUCUAUCAUCCGUGUGACGAAAUUACUGAUUUUUACUCACUUUAUUUUUGGCAGUUCUAAUUUCUAAUGUCUUUUUUUCUUCUUGUUUAAUUUUGACUAUUCUGAUAAUUCUUGCUUGGGAUUUCCAGAAUGAUUGGUAUUUCGGGUUUGUAUUUUGGAAUUCUGACGGUGUAUUUUAAUUCGCAAUAUAUUACUCCUCCACAUAAUUAGGCAUUUAGCUGUCCACUUGUCUAAUCAACUCUAAUUAGCAAUGAGAUGCAAUAACAAGACUCUAGUAUU